GCUGCAUUCUCUCUAAGGAGGUGUGUACUUGUCAGUAAGUAUACUCAAACGAUUGCGAAUCGGCAGGGGUGGUUUUAUUUGUACUUAGUCGAUAAAGUCCGCCCACCACUCCUCCCACAGUAUUUCGUCUAUUAGAAGUACACGCAUAGCUCAGAGCAAAGUUUCUUCCACGGAGAACACUUAGAUAACUGGACAAGCAGAAUAAUCUUUCCGUGCAAUGUCUGCCAAAGCCAUCACAUUCCUGGCUCUCGGAGUAACCGCCAUAGCCCUGAUGGUGGCGAUUAUCGGAACGGGGCUCACCGGAGAUCGACUCAGGAGGGCGAGCAUCAACCCAAUGAAGUACGGGAUAGUCCUGGAUGCCGGCUCGUCUCACACGGCGCUCUUCGUCUACGAGUGGCCGGCGGAGAAGCAGAACGACACGGGGGUGAUUGCACAGCGCCACCUCUGCGACGUCGAUGGAGGAGGGAUCUCGAGUUACAGCAGCUCCCCGUCCGGGGCCGGGGAGUCACUCCGGGCGUGCAUGGACAAGGCCAAGGCCAUCGUGCCCAAGGACCGCUGGGCUGACACCCCGCUGGCUCUGGGGGCCACUGCCGGCAUGAGGCUCCUGGAGAUGAGUGACUCGGUGGCAGCGAAGGCAGUGCUGUCCUCGGUACGGGAAGUGCUCGGCUCGUAUCCCUUCUCGUACCGUGAGGGGCGCAUCAUCUCAGGCCAGGAAGAGGGAACCUAUGGUUGGAUCACGGCCAAUUACUUCUUGUACAACUUCAUUCAGUUCACAUGGCUGGGCAAAUGGCAAUGGACCACAUCCACGAAGCCCAUAGGAGCCUUGGACCUGGGUGGAGCAUCCACUCAGAUCACAUUUAUGACUGAGGAGCCUCUGCAGGGCUCACCGGACAGCCUGACCAUCCAGCUGUACGGAAGAAAGUACCACGUGUAUUCCCACAGCUACCUGUGCUAUGGACGUGACCAGGCAAUCAAGCGCUUCCUCUCCACUUUAUACAAGGCUUCUCCUGGAGCCCUGGUGGACAACCCAUGCUACCCAACAUUAUACUCCGUUGCGUACAACCUCAGCUUCAUCUACGACAGUCCCUGUACGAGCGAUGCGAGGCCGGCGAAUUAUGAUCCCAACCAGUCCGUCACUUUCCGAGGCACGGCAAACCCUGCCGAAUGCAGCAACACGAUCUCCAGCAUCUUUAACUUCUCCGCCUGCAGCUCGCCCAACUGCACCUUCGACGGAGUCUGGCAGCCGCCCGUGCGAGGCCAGUUCUUGGCUUUCUCAUCUUUCUUUUACACCAUGGAUGCGUUCAACUUAACCAACUCGAAAGCCUCUCUGAACGUCGUCAAGGACGCUUUCGAUUCUCACUGCGUGAAAACCUGGACUGAGGUGACAGCUCAAAAUCCCGGAAUUAAAGCCGACCGCUUGAAAGACUACUGCUUUCAGGCAUAUUAUGUUGACACGCUGUUGACUAAAGGCUACAAAUUUGACACAGACAACUGGCAAAGCAUCACUUUUCAGCAGACGGCGGGAGGUGGGAACCUGGGUUGGGCCCUUGGGUUCAUGCUCAACGUUACGAACAUGGUGCCCGCGGAGAUGCUCCCAGAGCUGUACAGCACGGCCGCCCUGGGCUUGGGUUUCGUCGGCACCCUGCUCAUCCUCACCUUCAUCAUUGUAUUAUUUUGGGUGCACCACCUGAAGCAUAAGUAGCAUUCGCCGUCUCGGCUACACUAACAGGGUGGGAUGAUACAUAUGUAUACGGGUAUUUUAGCUAACACAUUGAGAAGUGAAUUAAAAUCUUUUUUUU